CUUCCUCGAGGGCGCGGAAUCGUACGCGCGCGAUCAAAUCGCCAAGGACGACAGGAGCGACCGGAGAUCUCUUCGAAGCUUCGACACUUGGCGUGACUGUGAUACACUCUCCGAACUUUAUCCGAUCACGGGAAUUCACGAGCAAGAGCUCGUUCGAUCCACGUUUUCUCGUUCUGGGAAACUCGCGAGGACAAUCGCGCAGUACUGUCGCGGCGCGUAACGUUCCUUCGCCCCGAGAGACGUGUAACUAGCGCGCGUCUGAUUUUUACUCGGAUGUCUCGAGAAUUCGGAAAAUUCGGGCGCCAUACGCCUCAACGUACUAGCUAAGUACGGAUUAUUUCCUCCAUACGUCUCCAUAGUAAUCGUCGGAACGUGAGAGUUUUCAACAUUGAAGCGCAUCGUGUUAGGUGGACAACGAACGCGACGUGGAGCAACGUCGAGCGGUAUUCGGCAGUGUCGAGCGAUAUCAAACGACGUCAGACAGCGGCGGAGUCGUAACCGGCUCCAGCCUGGCUCUCGGACAACGUCCAGAUUACUCAUGUUCAUCCCGGAUACACUGAGAAGCUGCAUGGUGGAACCGGAUGUCUCGACUUAUCUGCAAGCUCCUUCCGUCGGACAGGUGCCUAAACCGAGCAUUAAACGUUUUUCUUUCAGUGUUUCGUCGUACGUUAGUUUAUGAUCAACCUGACCAAUCUGUCGUGCGUCGUGCUGCGCGCGCGAGAUGCGAUUAUUUUGUAUGUACGCGAUAUACGCACGCGCACAUACAAUAUAUAAGACUUUGUCAAUUAUAGCAAUUCUAUCAAUUAUAGCAUUUUCGAGAAAUACAGCGACGACUCCCGAUUCAGGCAAGGGUGUUUCUUGUCUUUACGAUUAUCUGUUUUUAUUACUUUUUGCAAGAAAAUUUCCUUUCUCUUGGAAAUAAAAUUCUCGUUCGUAUUUAAUUAUUCUAAAAGAAAAAGAAAAAACCUAAAUUACAUAAUAUAUAAAAUAAAAUAAAAUAUCUUGACGAGAAUCAUCGCGUGUCAAGUCACGUUUACUUUUUUUACUCUCAUGUAUUUCAUGUUUCAUUCAGAGUUAAAAAUGUACCAAAAGUGAGAGAAGCAGUGAGAAAAUGAGGAAAAGAAGAUACGGAAUGGCAACUUUGUGCCAUUCAAUAAGAAACAUUAUUAAAUGAGCAAAGUCAGGAAAAUUGAAGAGGCAAGAGUGAUGAAAAUUGUUUGGUGUUUCAUAGUGUCGCCGUCGCGUCGCGUCGCAUCGCGUCGGUUCGAGGGCAAAUCUAGUAAGCUAGGACAAGAGCUAUUAAUAACUGUUUAGGGUGCCGUACCUGGCCGCCGCGCGCGCGGUACCGUCCGCGUCUCGACGACCGGCGUCUCAGUGUCGUCGCGACGACCGACGUUGUGUCCGGCGUUCCGUUAUCGGUGACAAACCUAGUUGCGCUCGAUCUUGACGAACGAAACGUACCGGUACCCAUACGACAGCCACCCAUAAUACGGAUGUACAGUAUAGAACACAGCGUUACGAGAACAGUGCCGCGAGCAAGAUUUCUGGCAUUGGCAGCAGCUUCAACGGUGUGGAACUGUCAAAAAUGAAAGAGAUAAAUAGGCAUAUUGGAUAAUUGGAAGACACGCGCGAAUAAGAAAAAGUAGCAGUGCAGGAAUUGAGGAUUAGUUUGAAGAUUUCCAUUCAUCACUCUUGCGCCUUCGAUUGAUCGUACAAGCCGAUCGAUAGAUCGUACCUGAAAGUUGAAUCGCGAACAAGUUAAAUCUUCUCGACACGAGAUCGGGUCCGUACAAAUGAGGCCGCGAGCAACCCGCAACUGUGCGGUAGAGGAGUAUCGAGAUCUUUGCGAUCGAUACUACGAGAAUCGUUGCUUUUGACAGCUGGACUCUGACAAGAAGGACGGACGGACGAUAGUGUGCUACAGCACCUGCAGUGUUUGCGAAUACUCAAUGGAUGAGUUCCAUCCAUUUAUCGAGGCCCUUUUACCAUUCGUGAAGUCCUUUUCGUACACAUGGUUCAACCUACAAGCUGCCAAGAGACGUUACUAUAAGAAACAUGAGAAGCGGAUGAGCUUAGAAGAGGAACGUCAGUGUAAGGAGGAACUCCAGAACGAGAAAUUGGAAGUAAAGCAAAAAUGGGCCUCGCGACUUCUUGGCAAAUUGCGGAAGGAUAUCACGCAGGAAUACCGAGAGGACUUUGUAUUAAGCAUUACGGGAAAAAGACCAGCGAUGUGUGUCCUGAGCAAUCCUGAUCAGAAGGGAAAAAUGCGUCGAAUCGAUUGCCUUCGCCAAGCGGACAAGGUGUGGAGAUUGGACCUAGUCAUGGUCAUCCUUUUCAAAGCAAUUCCGUUGGAAUCGACGGACGGAGAACGAUUAGAGAAGACCGCGGAAUGCGCGCAACCAGGACUAUGCGUCAAUCCUUACCACAUCAAUGUUUCCGUCCGGGAACUGGAUCUUUAUCUCGCCAAUUUCAUUACGAGUCACGAGGUUCUGAAUGGUAUCUGCAACGCUAGCAAAGAAGAGGAUAGACGUCGAAAAGGUACAGGAUACCAUGAACUGUAUAAUGGUGUUGUCUGCAAUGACACGAUCCUUGCGACAGGUGUCUUCAGCUCCAAAGAGCUCUGGAUGCUUUCAAAAGCGUCCAUACUGCAUGACCUCAGCGACAUGCAGCCUCAAAUAAACGCGAUCAAAAUAGAGCACCCGCCGUACUACUGCAGCAGCUACACCCCUCCAUCCGCAGCCACGACCGCGGAUCACGUUCAGCCGGCGGCUAGCUUCAGCCCACCACCGGUUCAUCAACUAAUAAGGAACGAUAAGACUGAAAAGCCGCCAACAGUUUCGGUUUCAAGCGCACCGACAUUUUCAUCGGUUCUUAGACCAGAAGAUGGACAUCGUGGAAUAGAAUCACCUCAUUCGCAAACGGGAUUGCACUCGCCUCACGAAGGACUGACCGGUGGCUCUGGUCAAAGCAUGUCUGGACUCGCUUACUAUCAGCCGGAACAUCCCGGAGCUACGGGGGUGGUAAAAUACCCUGAGAACGGACAUGAUACUCUUUCGGAUUUUGUGACAUUUGUCUGUCAAGAAGCGGAAAAUACCCAGCAACUACCUCAGACUCAGUUGCCCGGGCCACGUACCGGUAUACAAAAAUUUCCGCAGUAUUAUCCGAGUUCAAUGUUACCGCCACCACCACCAGCUCCUAUGGCCAGACCGGUAGCAAUAAUAAGAUCGACGGGUGAAUUAGCGACAACUGCUAAUUCGCCGCCAACAUCAUCCACAUCACCAACAGAUCCAGCUGAACUAGGUCCUAAUCAGGAACAAAUGGCCGCAGCCUCGGCGACAGUCGGUCUGGUUGGAUCUGCAUGUCAGAAUUCUGUUGAAUCUGCUGGACGCAAGAGUCCUGCUAGAAUUCUCGUUACCCCACAUACUAGCAGGGAAUAUACGUUUGCUCAUUUUCACUCGCAACCCGGACAGCAAAUUUUUACGUAUCCGAGCAUCAGUUCGAUGUCUGGUGUAAUCUCGCCAACUAAUUUGUCCCUGUUUUCAUCUCCUGUGUCGGUUACAAGACCGGUAGCUACCCAAAGAUCAGUCUCUAAUGUUCCACCGCGUUGGAAUACUGCGCCAUUUAUCAAUCUAGAAGAUGAUUAUAACAUGAUCGCACCGAUCAUCGCUGGGACCACUAGCGAGCCACCAACUGCUAUGGAAGAAGAACGGUAUUUUCAUCCUGUGCAUACGAGUGGUGUAGUGGAUAAAAAUGGCAGUAGUAAUCUAAUGGGCAACGAACUUGGAGUAAACACAGAUCCUGCGUCACAUCAUCAUCAGCAGCAACAACAUCAACAUCAGCAGCAGCAGCAGCAGCAGCAACAGCAACCCCCAACACCACAACAGCAACAACACCAGCAGCAGCAGCAGCAAUCACAGCAACAAUCAUCUUCACAACAACAGCAGCAACAACAAGUAAUGGCAGAUAAAUCUGGUGGACCUAAAUCUCCUCCGUGACAGUGGAAUCCGCGAACAGAAAGUCUCGAGACACUCGUAAACUCGUCGCGUUUGUCCAGAUCAGUAUACAAUAUCGCGUAUGAUAAUUAUUCCGAAGUUAUAAACGAAGUAAGCUUGGAGAAUAAUUGUCAUGGAGCUGUGCCUCGUAUUCCACUACGUGAUUUAAACUUACGGAGACUAGAAUAUUUAAGAGUUCGAUCUUAAUUUAUCUUUAUGAAUCAAGGAUACUAGAUACUCUCCACAGAGUGUGGAAUCCAGCAAAAAUGAAGGGAAUCCAUUGAUUUAUAUUUGUCAAAAUAGAUUGGUACGAGAUGUAAAGUUUCACAUAUUGCGAUAGCGCGAUAAAACAUGAAGGUAUUCUCUCUACAAUAUAUUUAUAUCGUGGUAGAAAGAGAAUACGCGACGCUUGGAAUAAUCGUAAACUGAGGUCGCCGUACAUGACUCAUUCUGUUUGAUUGACCAAAAAGUCCGCACGUACUUUUUUAGCAAAAAUUUAAAAUUAAUACAAAGUAUUGCGUUUGAAUUUUACUAAAAACUCCGCACGGACUUUUCGGUCAACCUAAUAUUUGAGAAUGAAAGAUUGCGAAUUAUAUGUUGUCACUUGUAACAAAAUGGAACGGUGUACAACGUAAAAAAUGUAAUGUAUUUAUAGAAGGACAUAAGUUUUGUCAAAAUUGAUACGAGUAGAUCGAUACAACAUGACUUAUAUACAAUAUUAUUUAAUAUUUACACAAUAUUGUUGUCAAUUACGUUUUUAUCGAUAGAUACGUCACUCACACGAUCUUCAGAUAAUGGCCUGAAUCAUUCUCUCUCUCUCUCUCCCCCCCCCUCUUCCCUCGUCACCUUCCUUUUCUUCCUCUCUCCCACCUUUCUCCCCAUCUCUCUCUUUUUCGUAAUAUUCUAUGUACAUUUCUAUAUAAUAUUCUCGAUAUACAUUUUCCUGCUUCUUUUGCGACACAAGUUGUCUUCUGCAUAUAUGCACCACUUAAAAUAUUUUAUUGAAUUUUUGUAUAUAUUGAAACGCAAAGCAGUAUACAUAUAUUAGUACAUCAUUUCAAGCAGCUAAAUUUCUCUAUUUGCAAUUUAUGACAAUUUUUUUAUUGUACUGGCUAAAUAUAAAAAUGGCUAAUAUAAAAAGUAAAAAGAGUCAAAUUUUUCAAAUCUAUUGUUAACUCGCUUUUUGUGUUCAAAGAAACAGCGGUUGAUUUCUUUUAUCUAUCACUUAAAUGUUCUCGACGUUUUUCUCGAGAUUGCACUCAUGUUUGGUGUCUAAACUGCAUGGCACGUUAGCAAUUAAUCAGAAAAUUAGUAAUUAGCAUAUUUAAAAAUUACUUCUAUAGGAUAUAUUAUGCAUCGAAUAAUGAAAAAAGUUAGAUAAUGUCAAGAUUUUGAUACCUCUAUUAUAAGCAACAUUUUUCGCUGUAAAUGUAGUUGCUGAGUUUUAUAUUUUAUCAAGCAAUAUACAUUUUAUAUUAAACGCGCGUACAUAAUGUACGUUUGACAUACAGCGAGAACAAUAGACUAAAUCAAUGAGUGUAUGCGUCGUGUCGAGAGUUAAUUACUUAUUCUUAUAUAAUAAGGAUAAAAUCGGCUUUUUCUUUCAUAUACUGUUGAAUGAUACAUCCUUCCAAGGUUUAAAAUCGCAAUAGCAAUGCGAUAUAAUAUUCUUCCAGUGUUUAUAUUAUAAUAAAAAGCUCGUUAUUUUCAUAGCAAAAUUUUUUCGCGACAUGCGCGAAUAUGUUUUUUUAAUAAGCGCAAGACCGUAAUAUUUUGUAUAAAUGAUAUUUACAUUUUCUAAUCAAUGGUAAUAAUGAAGAAAAGCGUAAGAGCAGGAAUUUUCUUCGACUGCAUAAAAAUAUGGUAAUAACGCGUUUACUUAGUAGACGUGUGCGCAAAGAAAAAGAAAUACUUUUCUUCUUAUUGUAUGAAAAUUUUUAGAAAACUCUUUACUAAUUCCAUCCGCAAGCUUCGAUAUUUUUACAUUACCUUUUUACACUGGAAUAAACAAUAAUACACCGCGUUCCUGUGUUGGCGAUUAGUUAUAUAUUCUGUACGGAUAUCUCGAAUUAACGUUUAUCUCUUUACCUUCUAAAAGAUUAUUCAAUGAUUAUUUCAUUCGCUUUUACUUUCACAUUUUUUAAUUAUCCACAAAUUAAUUUUUCUAGAAAGUCGCGAUUUACCGUUACGAUAGUGCAACGGCAAGUGCAUACAUACGACGAGAACAAAUAAGAUUUUGCGUGACUAAACAAAACCUUGCAUUUCCUAUAUCGCAACGAUACGCACGAAUUAGUCGUUUAGAAGAAAGGAUUUUUUAGCUAUUUAUGGAUUUUGCACAUUAAACAAGUAAACCAUGUAAAGAGUUUUCCGUGCCAAUAAAUUAAUAUGCAUGUGCGCCAUUUUUAUUAUAGUGAGAGUAAUAAAUUAAAGAAUUUUUAAAUUAAUUACUACGAGAAAAAUGUCGAUCGUGACAAAUUGUCGCAUCAAGAAGACCCAUUGUAUGCGAGUUUGCAAGUAUGGAACGAUGGGCACCUGCUAAACAUAAGCGUAGCGUCAUUGCAUAAUGCUCAAGUUAACAUAAUAAUUAAUAUUAUAAUAAGAAAUAACUAGUAUGAACUAGUCAUCAGAGGCUGCUAAUUAGAGACAUGAUGGAUAUUUAAAAUAUAUUACAUUUAUUCAAAUAAUAAGCGUUUGAUUAUUUAGACGUAUUAUUAAUGUCACAUUAAAGAGAUAAUGAUGUAGACAGUAGUAUCAUGCCAACAAAAAUAAGCAGGUAUGAUUAACGCAAAAUUCAAACUUUGUACAAAGAUUUCACGCAAUAAUAUAUCUUAAAAGGAAUGUAUAAAAUAAGAAAUUAUUGUUGUUAUAUUGCUAUUAUUGCUAUUAUGCUGUUACAAUUAUUACGAGCUUAAUUAUAUCGUUAAAAAUCCUCAGUUAAAUUACUAUUAUCUUUUUAUACACGCAACUCAGCUUGUAUAAGAUUACCUGAAUUCGCUUCCAUUAUCAUUUGUAAUAGUAAAAGAUGAGUAAUAAGAGCAUCUGAUUUGCAUAAGCGAUAUAUGUUAUUUAUUCUUAUGUGCGUCAUUUAUGUAAUAUAAUAUUCAAUCUUUUUAUUAUUAAAACCAUUUGUUAAGACAACCUACUAUGCAAUUGACAUCUCCUUUUUCAAUUCGUUUCUUUGUUCACGCAAUAUCUUCAAUUGCGACUACAAUUUAUAGACGAAAAAAAGAAAAAA